AAUGUCGACUACGGAGAUGUAUCCAAGCGGAAGCAAUUAAGAAAUGACCUUGGUUGCCAAAAUUUCCAAUGGCUUCUUGACACUGUUGGGGCUCACAAAUUUGUCUACUCGCGAAAUCGCCUUGGUUAUGGAAGUGUGAGUUCCAUUCGUGCUCCUCUCACUUUGUUGAAACUCGUUUCUGGCAAACAAAUGCAGUCGAUAUGGUAG